UGCUUGAAAUAUUGUCGUUAUUUUUACCAAAUACAUUCCCUCACAUAGGCAUACGCGGCGAACACCAUCUGCGGACACCCUUCCAAAACCCAUAUAGUAUAUAACGUAUCUUACCUUCGGUUCUAGUUUUUAUUACACUUUAAAAAUGGGAUAGUUCAGGGAUGCAACAGUUUAUGUACAGUCCUGGAAACGGUUACUUUAAAGGAAGUUGACUGCGAUUCGCUUGUGUUCUUGAACUGUUUACCUGCGUGUGGGAUGCCUCAGACGCAGCUCACCUCUCCGUCAAAGGGACCAGAAUGAGUGCGGACUGUACAAGCUACUACAGUGCAGAAAACGUGUUUGUGAGUGGGUUCACGUGUCCCAAACCGGGCAACGAUGACAGUGCGGUCUUUUGCUGUGGAUUUAAUGAUAUCAAAUACUGCUGUGAUGACCCUAACAGCUUUUUUCCCUAUGAAUAUGGGUACAUGUGGUGGCUGAGUGUGGGGGCGCUGGUGGGCCUGUCCAUUGCAGCAGUAGUGCUACUUGCCUUUGUCAUCACCGUGUGUGUUCUCUGCUACCUCUUCAUUGCUACCAAGCCCAGCCGGCUGGACAAUGGACUUCCGCUGCGAGCCCCAGGUGCUGAUCUCGGGGCUCUGGAAGGGCCCAGCCACUCCAAUGCACCAACAGGUCCACAGGGAUUCCGCAAGCAUUUCCUGAGUCGCAAACUGGACUGCGACAACCAGCCCCCCGACCCCGACCGACUCUUUCAGAGGUGCUUCAUGGCCACUGUGACCACUAUAAAUGUUGAGGGGCCCUCCUAGACACAUCAGACACAACAACUGUGCAGACAUUCUACAGCAGUCUGCUUUCAAGACAGUUUUUGUGUGAGAAGUCUAAAAUGUAAAUAUUUUUUUAAAAGAACCAGCCUUCUGAGCAUGCUAGAUUGUGAGCAAACUGAUAUCAGUAAAAAUGAAAGAUGUCGGUUUAAGGCAGAUGACGGAAACACUGUGGGUGCUUCUGUGGCUAUUAGCUUUGCACAAAGCCAAGUCCAGAAACUUCAUAAGGGAACAUCGCCAAAGAACACCUCUUUCCAUUUCACUUGACAUGGAGUUUGUACAGCUUCAAGGCCUUUUCCACAGAGCUAACAGCACAAGGUAGUAAAAAUACAAAUGAACAAGUGGAGGUUGAUUCCUGGAUGAAAAGCAGAAACAAUGCUUUGGCUAUGCAGCUUUCUAAGAGAGAUGAUGACAGAAAGGGAUAUGACAGGGAUAUAACAGAAGGAGUCCAAAAAAGGCUGUCUUUUAAGAGUGGAACCCUUUCUUGUUCAUUUGCAACCUGCAUGCUGAUACAAAUCUCCAUAUGAACCUUGUAAAAAUCAAAAGUCUGGACUGAAUUUACUUUAGGGUUUACAAGUAACAUGUUCAAUGCUUUUUAAAUUAGCUUUUUUAAAGAUAAAUACAGUAUGUGUGUCUUUGUGGUUGUUCUUUUUCAAUAUUGUCUUGUUACAAUCCCUGACACGACUAACAAAGCUCUCAGCUCUCUAAUUGUGUUGUUUUUUGUAGGCAAUGAUAACCAGCAAUUUGCUUCAAUAGGAGGGGAAGCUUAUCAAUUUAAUAAGCUUCAAUCAUUUCAGUAUUUCUUUUCUAUGUAGACUGCUUUUAAUCCUAGAACUACCAUGCUCAUUUACCCAGAUAAAGACAGAAACAUAUUUUGUUACAUUAGAAUCAAAGGGAACAAUUACUGGAUCAAAUAGCUUUCUCUGUGUAUUUAGUUCGCCUGAGUCUUAAUACAUCACAGCACUGAGAUUAGCUUUCCAUUAAUGAAAAACAAAUUGUUGAACAUUCAAAUGUGAUGAAUUGUUAACAGACUGAGCAACCUUAAAGAAAAUCUGGUGACAGGUACAGUUACAUCUGUGCAUUUAAAAUAAAACAGGUGCAGGUGUCUCUCUGUAUAGUACUAUACAAUAUUUAUAGUAUAUACACAGAUGCCACAUGAACCCAAUGAAGUCUCUGCCAGACACUACCAGUGCCAAAGCAACUUUUAAGUGUCCUUUCCUGUCAUUAAUGUAGAGAAAUAUCAUUCGUGUCUCAAGAAUAAUUCUUCUACAAUGUAUCCUACUGUAUGCAAUAUGCCUGUUUCAUGAUGAAUUAUUGUACUAGUGAUUAUUAUAUUAGAAUAUGCUAUUAACUUGCACAGCUGGUGACUUUUACUUUGGUGUCUUUGUAUUUGAUGUGUCAGAAGAAUGCAAUUUUCAUUCAAUGCUGCAGAUGACCUGAUGUUUACAAAUCAAGAUGUAAGCUUUAUUUAUGCAUUUAGAUUUUGUCAUCAUUUAAAAUAAAGUUAUGAAAUAUAUUUACAAU